AUGGAGCUCCUCAAGUUCCCCAACGAAGUGGUGCUCUGCAUCGCCCACGCCCUCGACAACGCAGACAUCAACAGGCUGCUGCGUACCUGCAAGCGCUUCCACAGCCUUCUGGAUCCGUACCUCUACCAGCGUGUCUCGCGCGAGCCCAUGUCUGGCAUCUUUCUCUGGGCGUGCAGCCCCCGCCCAGGGGAGUGCCACACGCGGCGCAUGUGCACGGUGAGCAAAUGCAUCACGGCCGGGGCCGACGUCAACACCAUUUGGCCGUACGACAACGACGACUGCAGCAGCUGGGCGACCGAACACGUCGACGAGGUCCGCUGGACAACGCCCAUGUGCCUCGCCGCCGGCGCGGGCGACGCAGGCCUGGCGCGGCUGCUCCUGAACGCCGGCGCCGACAUCAACCUGGCUGCGUGCUGUGGCCUCCCGCCCAUCAUCAUCGCCAUCAUGGCGCAAGAGGCCGACAUGGUUGACUUCCUCCUCGAAAAUAACGUCAACCUCGGCGUUGCGGGGCCGGACUUUGCUGGGCCGCUCGCCAUGGCCGUGCGGUCCGGCGGGUACGACGGCGACGGCUGCCACGACAGCCGCAUCUUCGACGCGGUGCUGAAAGCCACGGACGACGUCGACGAGAGCAGCCACGGCAGGACCACGGCCGUGUUCGAGGCGGUGAUGAUGGCCAACAGCCUCGCUCUGCGCGCGCUCCUCGACACCGGCAGGGCCGACCCUAACAAGACCCCGUUGGACAGCGACGGCGAGACGCCCCUCAUGUUUGCGUGCUCCAACGGCUUGACUUACAUCGCGAUGCUGCUGUGCGAGCACUCGACGGCCAGUGUCAACUGCGCUGGCAAGACCGGGCAGUCUCCGUUUGCGUGCGCCAUGGAAAAUGGACACUGGGAUGUGGUCCUGUACCUGCUCAAGCUGGGCCGCGUGCGGCUGCACGACUGGGACCGCUGGUUCACGUACAUAUGCGAGGCGGGUGACGAUGGCAGCGACGACGACGAGAAUGUUGGUGGUGAGGAUGCGGCGGCAACCAGGGAAGCCGUGGCGCGGGAGAUGAUCCAUAGGGUCGAUAUGACGAAGGAGCGGGCCAUGGUCUGGACGUGCAUUGCAGAGGACUGCGGCCUGCCCGAGUUGAAGAGCAGCAUCCAAGCAAAAUUGGAGGAGUGGGAGCCUGUCGCUUAA